AUGGCUGAGCCGACGCCAAUCAAUAUCCUACGUGGCCACAAAUCGCAAAUUCACGCCGCGGCAUUUGUCCGCCGCAAUGAGCGCCUUGCGACCGGCGACGCGGACGGCUAUGUUAUGCUGUGGGAUCUCGCCAUUAUGCGGCCAAAAGCGGUCUGGCAAGCACAUCAGGGCGCGAUUCUCGCCAUCAGAGGGUGGGGGAGCGAUAAGAUCAUAACCCACGGUCGCGACCAUCGCCUCGUUGUCUGGCAACUACGUCUAGAGGACGAGCAAAAUUUAGCGGCCGUAUCGCCACUGGAGCAUACAGGAGAUGCACCUCCUCAGCCAUGGAUGCUGCAUGUAUUGGAGGUAAACACGAUGAAUUUCUGCGCGUUUGCUGGAUGCCCGAACACGCCAGGAGCCAACACGGCCUUGACCGACGACGGUAGUGCGAGUAUUCUCGUCGCCGUUCCUAAUACAUUGUUGGCCGAAUCGAUUGAUAUUUUCGAACUGCCCAGUCAGAAACGUAUUCACACUGUCAAGCCCGGGGAGAAACACGGCAUGGCUAUGACGCUCGCAAUACUCUACAAGGAAAGACACUUGGUAUUGAUUGCCGGCUUCGAGAACGGCAUGUGCUCAGUCUUUGUUCUUCGCCCAAAUUCGCGAGAGUGGAUUACGACUUAUCGCAGCCAGUCACAUUCACAACCAGUCCUGUCGCUCGAUGCUGACGUGCAAGGCGACUAUUUCAUCUCAUCCGCAGCCGAUGCAUUACUUGGCAAGCACCCCAUACCUACCUCAUUGCAAACCGUAAUAUCAGAACCCAUGGCAGCAGCGGAGAAAGCCCACGCAACGGAGCAUCCCAACCCCACGCCAGCUACAACGGCAGCCACGACAGGCGUCGGAGCUUUGUUCGCAGGACAGACAGGUGCCGCCAAGACUGCUGACACCCACGAAACACUUGGCACCAAGGCCUGGGAGCACCCCCUCAAGGUGGCAAACACGAAGCACGCCGGACAACAGAACCUGACCAUCCGCUCCGACAGCCGUAUCUUCGCGACCGCCGGCUGGGACGCCAAAGUUCGCGUGUACGCGACCAGGUCCCUCAAGGAGCUUGCCGUGCUCAAGUGGCACCAGGUCGGCGUCUACGCUGCGGCUUUUGCACACAUAAAACCCGACGCCGAAGAGGCCGCAACUGCCGAUGGAGGCAGGCAGCUGCAGGAUGCUGCGCGCGAAGGAUCAGAAAGUGCAUCGGACGACGCUCUCGUUUUACAGUCCGAGGGCGGCCCGGUCUCAACACGAGCGAUGACGACGGUCAAGAAUAGGCGAUUGCAUCAUGCAAAGCAUACCCACUGGGUGGCUGCGGGGGCCAAAGACGGUAAAUUAAGUCUCUGGGAUAUAUAUUAA